GCACAGCAGCAUCCCAUUAUCAAAGGGGCUCAUGGAUAUGUACGGGGCUUCUUAAGAUUUCUGAUCCACGAAGCUGGUUUUCCUGAAUCUGAAGAACCCUCUUGAUAUCACUCUAUGGAACGGUCUCAUGGCGGCUUACACGGGUCACUCCGUCUUCACCGAAGCUCUUCAGCUCUUUCGCAAAUUAUUACUCUUAUCCCCUUUUCUCAAGCCUGAUGGGUACACUUAUCCCAGUGUUCUCAAGGCGUGUGGGGGUCUGGGAUGCCACGACGCGGUGUACGGAAGGAGUGUUCAUGGUCGCGUGAUCAGGACUGGGUUUUUGUCUGAUGUUGUUGUGGCGAGCUCUGUGGUGGGAAUGUAUGCCAAAGGGGGCAACUUUGGAUCUGCCACGGAUGAGGCUUCUUCAUUUGGACAGGGAGAGAAGAUCUAUGAAGAGCUGGCAAAUGACGGGUUUGCCUUUGAUGGGCUCGUUGCCUCUGCUCUUGUGGACAUGUAUGGGAAAUGUGGUCAUAUGGAGAAGGCAGAAGAUAGGAUGAAUGGUGAAGAUAUGAAACCUUCUUUGACAACCUUGAGCAGCUUGCUAUCUGCUUGUUUCAGAUCAGCCCAACUGUGUCACAGAAAAUUUGUUCACGCUUACAUCAUCAGACACAGAAUAGAAACUGGCACAUUUCUUCAAUGCAUACUUAUCGAUCUAUACCUCAAAUGUGGAAGCGUCGAGGCUGCCAAACAAGUCUUCAUUACAACCCCAAAAGGGGAUGAGAACACAAUGUCUCUGGCUGCACUAGAUAUUGGGAGAGAAGUUCACAAGAGCAUUGUUGCACAAAAGUUGGAUUCAAGUGAAAUAGUCAUGGGAGCACUCCUUGAUAUGCAUGCUAAGUGUGGUGCCUUGAAUGAAGCUCUUGAAGUGUUCCACCAUCUUCCUUGGAGAGACAUUGUAUUGUGGACCUCUAUGCUCGUGGCUUAUGGGUCCCACGGCCAAGCAGUUGAAGCUUUACGCCUCUUCAAUGAAAUGCUCCAACAGUGUAAUGUUAAACCAGACAAAGUCACAUUCCUUGCAAUGGUUUCAGCUUGCAGCCACGCGGGAUUAGUUGCCGAAGUUGCCACUAUUUUAACCUAAUGGGAAGAAGAAGGUAUAGGGGAGGAAGUUGCAGAACUUCUUAUAUAGAAAGACUGUGAUGAUCCCUCAACUUGUGUGGUUAUGGAAAACAUGUUUGCAAGUAGGAAGCAAUGGGGCAAAGUGUUGGAUAUAUGAAUGGAGAUGAGAGAACUUGGGUUGAGGAAAAACCCUGGUUGUAGCUGGAUUGAGAUUGACCAGAGAAAAUGCACAUUCUUUGUUGAUGACCAAUCAUUUCCUACAGUAGAAAUGGUGUAUG